AUGUCCGCGUUGGGGACCUUGGCCAAUCCUCCACUGGCCUUAGUGGAUGGGGCAAUGUUUGAUUACUUUCUAAUGGAAAUGGUGGCCACAAUUCGACAGUCAUCAGUGGUGGCUAGCCAGCGACAAAAGCAACUCGAGGACGAGAUGGCCAAUGCAAACCUCCUUCAGCAUUCUCAGCAUCGCAGCGGACAUCAGCAACUCACCGAAGAUGCAUUAAGGGCUAGACUGGACAACAUAGGUGCCCAGGUCGGCGCGAGUCUUGUUGAAAAGUCGGUUUCAUUUGGACAUGUCUAUUCAACCUUGAAUGACUAUCUCUUUAGGCUGUCAAAGGAUAGACAGCGUUUUACCGACACGCUAGACUCUGUCAAGUUUAUUUGCAAGGAUAUCUGGAUGGCUGUCUGGGACAAGCAGGGCGUCUACGUUCUGCAAGAUAAUGCGUUUCGACCACUAAUGCGCAUCUCCUCUCCCGAGGGAGGUGCAGAUGCUUUGGCAAAAGCGAAGAUCUAUCUAGCCUUUCAUGCUGGUGUCCUGCGCGGCGCAUUGGCUCGUUUAGGUCUCCAAGGUACAGUAACUCCCGAGGUCACAAGUCUUCCUCAAUGCAUCUUUCAAAUCAAACUACCCAGAGUGUGA